AACUAGCUACUUAAAGUUGUUUAGCUACUCAUACAAUCCAAGAAGUAAAGUGUAAGUUAAGUGCUAGGUUACACCAUUAAUUGUUUUUAGCCUGAUGACACAAAUGCAAACAUAAGUUUAAAAAAAAAAACUGCAGAAGUUAUUCGUUAGCAUAUUUUCACGGAGCAACUAACAUGCAAGAUACUGUCUAAACUACUGACGCAGACACACUGAACUAGUCGCCUCCCCGUGGCGGCUGCUUUAUACCUAAUCUAGUAUACAUGCACUGCUGACGUGUUUUAGUAGGGGGUGUAGCAUUAAAUACUGGGGUAGGUUAGUAUGCGAGUAUAACAUGAACAGGCAGUCUUUUCAAGCUCGGUUAUAGCACCAGAUUGAUGGAGAAGAAUGGCCCGAAUCACGUUGGACUGUUCCAACUCUUUACCAGGGAUCCCCCUCAGUGUCCUAUCAGUGCCCAUGGAGAAUAAAUACAAAUGUCAGCGGUGUCUCCAGGUCCUGAGGAAGCCUGUCCAGGCUCAGUGCGGCCACCGCUUCUGUGUACACUGCUUCAAGCAGCUCACCAGUUCUGGGCCAAAGCCAUGUGAAGCCUGCCGCCAAGAGGAGAUAUAUGAAGAACCUAUUUCCAUUCUAAAUAGUAAUGAGGCAUUUCCAGACAAUGCAGCAGGUCGAGAAAUAGCAAGUCUGCCUGCCAGGUGUUUGAACCAGGGCUGCGAUUGGACAGGCUCAAUAAAAGAGUAUGAGGCUCAGCAUGAAGGUCGCUGUGAAUUUGAGCGGAUACAGUGCGACGCCUGCCAAACCUUAAUCCUUCGUACGGAGAAGGACAGACAUAAUGAGAGAGAAUGUGAAGCAAGAACACUCAACUGCAAAUACUGCAAAGUGACCUUCAACUUUAAAGACAUCAAGGCCCAUGAUGAGAUCUGUCUGAAGUUUCCCUUACAAUGCAAGGACUGUGGCAAGAAGAAGAUCCCAAGAGAAAAGUUCAAUGACCACACCAGGUCCUGCGCCAAGUCAAAGAGUGCCUGUCCAUUCAGUGAAGUGGGCUGUAAGUCUGUGAUAGAGAACGGGAAGCUCAGUGACCAUGAGCACAGCAGCACCAUGGAGCACUUGCGUCUGCUGCUGCCCAUGGUGCUGUCCAUGGCUCGGCCGCGUGCUGACGCUCCUGGUCCCGGGGAGUGGCAGGAGGACUCCGGUCUGGGCCUGUACAGGGCUCCUGAGGAGGGAGUCACUGUGGGCUCUGGAGCUGCAGCCUCUGUGCAGAACGUGGACUUGGAUAAAAAGGUGAACGCUUUAGAAAACAUCGUGUGUGUCCUGAACCGAGAGGUGGAGCGCAGUUCAGUUACAUUGGAGGCUUUCUCACACCAACAUCGUUUAGACCAGGAAAAAAUUGAAAACCUCACCAAUAAAGUGCGUCAGCUAGAGCGGACACUCACCAUGAGAGACUUGCAGCUGUCUGAAACUGAACAGCUGGUGCGUGAUCUCCAGUUCUGCACGUACGACGGGAUAUUUGUCUGGAAAAUCUCUGACUUCUCACGCCGCAGACAGGACGCUGUGGGUGGUCGAACACCUGCAAUGUUCUCUCCAGCGUUUUACUCCAGCAAAUAUGGAUACAAAAUGUGUCUGCGGCUGUAUUUGAACGGCGAUGGGACGGGUCGAGGAACACACCUUUCACUGUUCUUUGUCGUCAUGAGGGGCAAGUGCGAUGCGCUGCUCAAAUGGCCAUUCAGUCAGAAGGUAACUCUAAUGCUCUUGGAUCAGAACAACAGGGAGCACAUUAUUGAUGCUUUCCGCCCUGAUGUCACCUCCACUUCCUUUCAGCGGCCAAUCAGUGAGAUGAACAUCGCCAGUGGCUGCCCGCUGUUCUGUCCACUGGCUAAACUGGCUGGCAAGAGCCCCUAUCUGAGAGAUGAUACAAUUUUCAUUAAAGCCAUUGUAGACCUCACAGGCUUAUAGGGUGUAGACUGUGGAAGUUAGCCCAAAAUAUGUAUAAAGGAAAACAUAAUAAAUAAGUAAAUGAUUAACAAUAAUAAUAAUAUAGCUAUAUGAUAAUCUCUAUUAUGAUAUAUAGUAUGUGACUAUGAUAUUACAUAAUAUAUCUACAUUAUACAUUAAGAAUGUCAUCAAGAUGUUUUGGGAGUGUCACAUUAUGACAUGAUAUACAAGGGUGUGUAAAAUAACAAUCAUGGUAGUGGAUCUUUAGUGAAUAAAUUAGUCUCACUUAUAAGAGCCAGUGGACUGACAGCACUGCCAUGUCAUACCCGUGCUUUAUAUAAGUUUGGCCAUUUCUGUUAUUUUCUUAAUGUCUUGUAUAUUUAAUACUUUCGGCAGUACCUACAUCACAUAUACAAACAUAUAAAGCUGUCAGCAGGUGGUAAGCCGACGUGCUUAAAACAGUAAGAGCUUUAGUAACAUUAAGAGCUGCUGAGUUAAAUAUCUCUCUCAUGAUAAAAGAGGUCUGCAAUCAUCUGUCAUCCUAAUGUGACCCUCUUGGCAUUCAAAUGGAAUCUUAUAACAUAUUUUGUAACAGAUAAUACAAAUAUUUGUAUCACAUACCUUGUUUAUAUUAUACGUAUAUUAUAAUAAUUAUAAUACUCCGGACUCAGCUUUGCAUUGUGUGGUUCUUCAUAUCAGUGGUAGGCAAAUAGGGGCUCGUUGGCCAAAUCCGGCCCACCAACAAAAAUAUUUUGGCCCCCUGACCGACGUUGAAGUUUCCCUUUAAUAGUUUCCACCAAAACCUUUACAUGAUUUCUUUAUAAAGUCUAUGUAACUACAUAUAUUUAAAUUCCGAUGAAUAUGACUGCAUAACAUCUAAUACUGCUCCCACGUGAAGAGAGGCAUGUAAUCCACCGGUAUUGUGUCUCGCUUUGCACCAGGCCAUUUGAACAGUGUGUGGUGCUGAAAUGAAGUUUAAUGAACUCUAAUAAAACAGAUUAAUUAACAACAGUACUUUCACUCAAACGUAGAUGAAGCAGGCCACUUUUUAUCAUGUGGAUAAUCAAUUAUUAGAUCAUACGUUUGCAUAUGAGUCAUUUUCUGCCAAAUUAGUGUUAACAUAAGCUGCUGUAGCCAAAACUUACUGAGUCAAUCCUAAAACAAACAGCUUUAUACAUCAAAUGUAUUCUAAAUAAAUAUAAGAAAUGAAAGAAAUAAACAAAGAAAACAUUGAAACGUUAUAGACCCGUGUUUCCACUGCACCUGUAAGAGAUUGAACAAUGCUGAAAAAAACUGGCCUUACAUAGACCACCAACACAAGACUGGAGGUUAAUUUAUAGCAAAGUGUAGCAAUUUAAUAUUAUUAACUUAUACUUAUGAUUAUUCACUUCCCUAUAUUAACUUCAUUAUACAUUAUUUAAACUUCCCCUUUUAGCAUCAUACUUUGGUGUAUUUUUUUUAUCUACAAAAUGCUUCUAUAAUAAUUAUCCUAAAGCUUCUUUUAAUUAUUGAAUGUAUUGCCAUUUUAUGUAAGUAAUUUGCCAUAGAAUAUAUAUCUCUUUAUUGGGGCACUUUGGCAAUGAGAUAACUUCUGUUAUGAAUCGGCACUAUAUAAAUAAAAUUGAAUUUACCAUUUUUACUCCACCUUAACACAUCAAUAAUUUAAGCCUAUUCAAGAAAUCAUUACUUUUAGUUUUUGGUGAAAAAUUCUGUACUUUCAAUGAUGAUGUGGAUUAAUUGUUGUGCAUUUUCAUUAAAAUCACAAUAAAUAAUUGAAGCAUA